CAUUAUCGCCAACCCAGAGGUGGCCCCUGUUCCGGGAUUGGCAGGGGGUGCUAGUCGAAUGGAGAGGCUGAGAAAAGCUGCGACAUCAGAUGGCCAAGAUGGAGAAAGGGAAAAAGUCCCUCCCCACUCGCUGUCCCUCCGUGACCUCUAGGUUUUAACACAGCCUAUGACUCUCUACAAUGACCUCGCCCGAGGGUGGUGGCAGUGGCUUCUGGUCCUGAAACCCAGCCGAGCCGAUGCUACAGGACUGAUCUGGCAUCUGGGUUGCAGCACCUCCGAGGCUGCGGUUCCCCCUGGAGGGGUUUGCGUCAGAAGGGCCUAAGGUGGCAGUGAAGCACAGCUGACACCAGGAGGCAGGAGCCCGAAAAACACACAGCGCACGCAGACUCGUCCCUAGCUCUACAACUGCCGCCUGACUACAAAGUGAAGGAGGCUCAGUUCAUUUCUGCCAAAGAUGAAUAUGUUUUAGAAGACUACAAGAUGAAUGUGAUUCAGACUGAGGCAAGGCAACAUUGAAUGCGAGGUAAAAUCCCCUACAGUCUUCAGAGGGCGCUGUAGCCUACAGCACUGCUGGCUUUGCUUCUGCAAUCAACAGCGACAGGCACUUACAGAACAAUUACUUUAACUGCAAAAUACGCCUCAUUCAAACAACCCUACAGGGUGUUGGAUAAUCACUUGGCAUUGGAUCACCAACUGUGUGUGCUCUUCCUAGAAAAUGCUGCUAGGGGUAUUUUUCCUCUUGUUAAAUGGUAUGCAGAUGCAAGAGCCUUCUGUGAGUCCAAACCUGAAGGUGCUGCUUAGUAAGGAAACACUGUAAACAUCACUUGAAAAGCAUCUAGCAUCAUGGAGAGAGACCAGGAAGAAACUCUGAAGGCCAGACUACUCUACCAUGAUGUCUGCUUGGCAGCACAGCGUCUUGAUCUUUUCCUUCAAAAAGAAAAUGCCCACAAAGAGGUGUUCAAGCCACACAUCCUGGCUCUCAGAGAGUUAGUUCAACAAGCCUGCAUUAAACUCAUGUUCCUGCAUCCAGUGGUGUAUGGUAGGAAGGCAGAAGAGCUCUUGUGGAGAAAAAUGUACUCUGAUGUAAUCAUGUUGCAUAUGAAGACCAAUAAGAAACAAAUGGACACUUUCCACCACUGGGGAGGUCCCCUGCAGGCUCACUUGAAGGCUGGCCUCAAGUUCUAUGAGCAUCUCUUCCUGUUCCUUCAGGGCCACUAUGAACUGAGACUACAGAGCUACAUAGACUGGCCUCACAAUGCCAUCCACUUGAUUGGCUGUAAGAAAGUGGGAUUCACAUCAGCUGAAGAGGCUUCGUGGGCCCGCAUGGCCUGUCAUCGCUGUCUACUCUACCUGGGAGACUUGUUCCGCUAUCAGCAUGAGUUCCUAGACCUGGGCACCAAAAACUUGGCAGAGAGGUGUUACUACAGAGCCUUGUCAGUGGCCCCGCACAUGGGAAUGCCCUUCAACCAACUGGGUGCUCUCAUGGGGAGUAAGUAUUAUGACCUUGAAGCUACAUACUACUAUCAGCGCUGCCUCCAUUCUGAAGUACCCUUUAAAGGAGCAGCUUGGAACCUCAAACGGCUCUAUGACCAUGCAGGAAAGAGAUACAGUUGUUUAAAGAGGUACCAGGGAAGGAAACUAUCUCGUAGCCAGAGGCAAUGUUGGGACAACAAAAGGCUUCUGGUUAGCUUUCUUUACCUUCAGAGCCUCCUGCAGCCUAAGAAAAAAUUCAAAGCUGCAAGGCUGAUAGCCCUGUGCCAACUGGUUCUUGAAGACUUCCGUCUCUGUCUUUCCUAUCGGCCAUAUCAAUCUGGCCUGUACCAGUCUCCCAAAGAAGAUAAACCGCCUAAAGGCUAUCUGUUUCUCCCUGACUUCCUCAUCUUUCACAUGGUGGUUCUUUGCCUCAUGAAUGUGCAUAGCCUGAAAAAAUCAGGCUCAAAACAGCAAAAGCCAGCUGUCAUCUUCACCUUGACUCUUUUCUCUUAUCUAGUACAACACGUGAACACACGAAUUCAGGCUGAGCUGCAGAAGAGGAAGUUGAUUCCGGAAGAGGAUUCUCCCAGUGGUGGAUGUUGGGAGAAAGAGCCUGGAAAGGACUAUCAAGAUUUUCUAUCUCUUGGGCUCCAGAACAGAAACUCUCAGAAAAGCCAGGUGUGGUCUGGUAUUUAUGCAGAGAGUGAGGCCAAUUUUCAUUCCUGCUGUGACUCAGAAGAGACAGAAGAGGAGGAAAACUCAUCCUUAAGCUCCCAGGUCCAAUCAGACACGAGCAGUGAAACAUCCCACUCAGAUGCAACUGAUGAAGAAGGGAGUGGCUCCUUGAGUUCAGAUGCAAUUCAGAAAAGUGGAGGUACUUCUAAACCUAAAGCUGCUCAUUCCAGAAACAAACUGAAGACAUAUGUAUCUCCUGAUAGUCUCCUUGAUCUUUUGAAAACAACCAUUUCUUCUAGCCUGCCAGCUCCUUUAAGCAAAAAACUCCAAGGAAAACAUGGUUUGUCCCUGGCUCCCAUCUGUAGUCAUAAUGUUCUGACACCUCAGACUGAGCCAAGCCCUGCUGUUGGCAGUUCUUUGGGCACAGAAGGUGAGAUGAGCAGGUUUCCUGAGACGGAGUUUCACACGGGUUCCUCUUGGGAUCAGAGACCCUCCAUUGCCCAGAACAAUCUCCAGACUACUCAAUGGAAACUGGACAUUCUUUCUGCGGAGGGACUGUUGCCUACUAUCAAGGUGAUUCUUAGCUGGAUCCGUAGCAAUCAUAGCCUCAUCCUGUCACAUUGGAGGAGUGUAUUUAGUUUGUGGGACCACCUCUGUGUUCUGUUGAACCUGCUACCCUCAGUAGGAGACCUUCAGCAUCCAGGCCUUGGCCUGUCUCGCCAUCUCCAGGACUUGCUGCAGAGCUGUCAAUGGCCACAUACUCCCAAGUACCUUCAGCUCCCUGAGGACAUUGCCCUGUUCCAACAGGCUCCUCAAGGGUCCCAGGGGAGUGCAGGCUUAGGACAGAAUGCACCUCCACUCACCAGCCUGGAGGAAGUUAUUGUGCGUAUCUGUUUCUUCAGAAGUUUUGGUCACUUUGCAACUAGACUUCCAGGACAGUUCCUGAGGUUUGACUCUAAGCUGCGUGUCUUUGUGAGCAGCAGUAUUGAAAGGUCAGAAAACACACCUCAACAGCUUCCAAGAACAACUGAAAGAAUCAGGUUUUCCAAAGGCAUAGUCCAGCUCUGGCUUCAGCGUGAAGUGGCAUUGCUAGAAAAGACCCUCCGAGGUCCCCAGACUCGGUCUGUGUUGACCCCUUACCUGUUCCCUGAUCCCAGAGCCCUCUGUGAGCAUCUUUCAGUCAUACAAAAACUAGCUACUAGUGCUAAGUUUUUUCUUAUUAUACCCAAGAUUGUGGUUGACACACUGUACAUCCUAAAAUGGGAAGACCCCAGGGCCUUGGAAGCUAUCACUUUUCUAGAGGAUGAGUUAAAGAGAAGGAACCAGUACAUUCUCUGCCAGUCCUUUGUGUCGGAAAGGUUGGUAAGGCCCAGGAUGACUAGACCAGAUUCUGAUGCCUGGGACCUCUUCAAUAUUCUUGAGUUCUGCAAAAGUCUGCUGGACUCAUCCAGACCAGGGACACUGGAUCCCAGCAGUAUGGUGACCAUCAUUACUGGCAUCUGUUUGGAACACCCUAGAAACUUCUCAUAUCCAUUGCAGUUGGUGUUGGGGAUGGCCACUGAAGCUGGUGUGGAAAUCAAGAAUAUCCUGAGUUUUCACAAAGAAUGGAAAGUGAUCAGUUGACAUGUUAACAUUUUUCUGGUCCUUGUCCUUCAGUGCUUAUAACUCUAAUUUAGUGUGUUUCUCUCUCAUAAGUACCAAACUCUGAGGUAGUCAUUGUGUACAUGAGUAUUUAUGUCUACUGAUAAGUAGAAUUGUAGUGUACCAGCUUUCAGAAGCCUUUCUGUUUCAUUCCUGGCCAUAUCAGCUCUGUAUUAUGCUUCCUCUGGAUAAAAAAUUUCAAGAUUAACUCACUGAUUAGUGAUCCCAUAGCAAAGCACCAAAUCCAGGUGUCAUUUUAUGGACGUUGUGAUGUACUUAGCUCUGUUUUGUGACAUGCAAUUUUUAUGUAUAUUGUUUUAAUUUGGUGGGGCCAGCUCUAUUAUUGAAGGCACACCUCUACCACUUAUGAAACUCAAUAAAUACA